AGGAGACAGGCAGACAGGAUGGAUUCUCAAAACAAACCAUCGGCAAUGCACCUCGAAGGAGGCAAAGUCCACAAUGGCGAUACGGCACUCGCGCUAUUCGCUCAAGACGGCCUCCAAGGACCGAUUGAUCCCGAGGAGGAGAGAAAGCUGGUGUGGAAGAUUGACUGGAUGAUUCUGCCGUUUCUGGCUGUCUGCUAUGCCUUUUACUAUAUUGACAAAACCACCUUGUCGUAUGCUGCUAUAUUCGGGAUUAAUGAAGACCUGGGAGUCUCUGGCGAUGAAUACUCCUGGCUGUCGAGUGUCUUCUACUUUGGAUUCCUCGUCUGGAGUCCAGUGACGAACUUGUUGAUGCAAAAGUUUCCUGUUGGAAAGUAUCUCGGAGUGAAUAUAUUUCUCUGGGGGUUCUUCUUGAUGCUGCAGUCCGUUGCAAAGAACUUUGUCCAACUUGCCGUUCUUCGUGUCAUUUCUGGCGCUGCUGAAGCAUGCAGUGAUCCUGCCUUUAUGCUCAUCACUAGCAUGUGGUAUACCCGUCGCCAACAACCCAUCCGCAUCGGACUCUGGUACACAGCCAACGGAGUAGGCAUUGCCAUCGGAGGACUCUUAGGAUACGGCAUUGGCCAGAUCAAAGGGGCUCUGGCAUCGUGGAAGUACGAAUUCCUCAUCAUCGGCGCAUUAUGCUCUGCCUGGGGAAUCAUCAUCAUCUUCUUCCUCCCCGACUCCCCCGUCACAGCCAAACGACUGUCAGACCAUGAGAAACGACUCGCCAUUCAACGACUGCGAGACAAUCAGACGGGUGUGGAGAAUAAGACUAUCAAGAUGGCGCAGAUCUGGGAGGCGUUUCUCGACUGGAAGGUGUGGACGUUUCUCCUCCUUGGCUUCUCGGGGAAUAUCCCCAACGGGGGCAUUUCCAACUUUGGGACUCUCAUCAUCAAGGGCUUUGGCUUUUCAACCUUGGGAACAACUCUCAUGCAGAUCCCCUAUGGCGCCAUCAUCGCCAUCCUCAUCCUCCUCAGCGUCUGGAUCAACGACCGUCUCCCCCCAAACAACAGAUGCUAUGUCACCAUCUUCUUCCUCCUCCCCAAUGUCGCCGGCUCGUUCGGGCUCUGCUUCCUCCCUGAAUCCAACAAAGUCGGCCGUCUCAUCUGCUACUAUCUGACGGGCUCAUACAAUGCCUCCUUCGUGCUCAUCCUCUCCAUCCUAACCGCCAAUAUAGCCGGCCACACCAAGAAAGUCGUGACCAACGCCAUGAUCUUCCUGGGUGUGUGUGCCGGCAACAUCGCCGGCCCGUUCUUCUACAAGUCGGAGCAGGCACCGCGCUACCCCCUUGGGAUCUGGUCGAUGAUUGUGUCGCAUUUUGUGGAGAUUGCGCUGGUGAUCAUGUUGCGUCUGGCCUUGCAGUGGGAGAAUCGGCGCAGAGAUCGGAUCCAGGGUGUUGCAGAUGAUGACCGGCAGUGGGAGAUUGAUCAGACGGCGUUUAGUGAUUUGACAGACAAGGAGAAUCUCAACUUUCGCUAUAUUUACUAGUUAAGAACUAUUUGCGAUACAAUAUACAUCUUGACGUCUCG